GUUCCAACAGUUUUCAUGACCUAAUUUCACCCAAACGAAAUGGGAUUUGCAGUUCGAUAGCGCGUAUGCGCUAACAUUGAUAUAUCAUUAAAAUCUGCCGCAAAACACCGUAAAUCCACGAAAUGGUGGACCAAAAUGGCAAUUAUUUUUCGGAUGAUGGCCACGAGGAAGCCUGCUACCAUGCGCCUGUACAUCAGGUUGGCUCCACCAGGAGCAGGAGCAUGAGCAUUGUGUCAGAUGUAGAAAUGGCUCAGGAUGAGGUCUAUGCUGGCCCAGUCUCUGAAAGUAUACCGUCCAGCAUCGCCUCCUUCGCUCCUCGUCGAUCACGGCGAGACUCAACUGUUAGCUUCGCCUAUUUUGAGGAGAGCACGGAAAAUCCGGUCUGGAUCGACGAGGAGGCCAUAGUGGAUGAAAGCGAGCCGGAACACUAUUUUGAGGAGGGCCAAGAUAUUGAUAUCGAUGUCUCGAGAAGUCCCGUAAGCUUCCUUGAUCGUUCGCGCUCAAGAAGCUCAGCGGAGCAUCCCUUACUACGGCGUGAGACUUCCGAUCGUGGUGAAUAUGAAGGGCCACCAUCAGGAGGAAAUGUUAGCCAGAAGGUUUACAUUGUGACUGAAGAUUUGACUGCUGUAAUUGCAGGUUUCUCUACGAGCAUAGCAGGUUUUACCAUAUAUGUCAUCAUUUGCAUUUUAACUUGCGGCCUUGGCUACCUGGUGUUCAGAUGGCUUCCUCGAUGGCGUAUUAAAUUGGUCGGAUUCCCUGAACCGCUCUAUCGAUGUCAAUGGGUUGCGAUAGAGAACCAAUGGGGCCAAUUCACGGUGGAAUAUGUCACAAACGCGAAGUAUGGGCGACAAUUGUCGACCGUGUUCGGAUCUUCAUAUAAAGACUUUGAGGCUCCAAAUUUUGAUGAAGACAACGAUCCGAUACUGCCAUACCUUCGUUUUGUAGAUUACCGCUACGUUCGCUUCUGUUAUCAACCCCUUGAGGAUAAAUUCAUGCAUACGGGGGAUUGGAAGGAUCCAAAUUGGAUCAGUGUGAAGACUUUGAGAGAAGGCUUAGACGCCGAAGAGAGAGAUCGUCGAGAACAAGUGUUCGGUCAAAAUAUCAUUGAUAUCCAACAAAAAUCAGUUCCCCAGAUUAUGAUUGAUGAAGCUUUUCACCCUUUUUAUGUGUUCCAGGUGGCGAGCUUGAUUCUCUGGUCAUUGGAUGAGUAUUAUUAUUAUGCAGCAUGCAUUUUUUUCAUAUCGGUUUCCAGUAUUGCGGCCACGACGCUUGAAACAAAGUCGACCAUGGAGCGCCUACGGCAAAUAUCGCAUUUUGAAUGUGAUGUGAGAGUUUUGAGAAGCGGAUUUUGGAGACCAAUUGCUUCAAGAGAACUAACUCCUGGGGAUGUGUAUGAGAUCUCAGACCCUUCGCUUACGCAGGUUCCCUGCGACAGCUUGUUAUUAUCCGGUGACUGUAUUGUUAAUGAGAGCAUGCUUACGGGGGAGUCAGUACCGGUCUCAAAGCUACCUGCGACCAACGAUGCGCUUGCUUCUCUAAACCUAAAUGCGCCAUCCAUCCAGCCGACAGUUGCUCGGCAUUUCCUGUUCUGCGGAACUCGAAUAAUACGUGCGAGAAGACCCCAAGACCCAGAAACUGACGAAGCGGCUGCGCUGGCCAUGGUAGUAAGGACCGGUUUCAAUACGACGAAAGGCGCGCUGGUCCGCUCGAUGCUGUUUCCCAAACCGUCUGGAUUCAAAUUUUAUAGAGACUCAUUCCGCUAUAUUUCAGUCAUGAGUUUUGUCGCGGCGUUGGGCUUUAUCGCGUCUUUCAUUAAUUUCAUCCGCCUAGGAAUUGCGUGGCAUACCAUUAUUGUUCGAGCGUUGGAUCUUAUUACCAUUGUCGUUCCUCCAGCCCUCCCUGCCACACUGACAAUUGGGACGAAUUUCGCGCUUUCGAGACUAAAGAAGCAGAAAAUUUUCUGCAUAAGCCCUCAGAGGUUCAGCGAGUUGCUAGUAGACGCCUCCUCCAUCUUGCCGUAUCCAUUAUAUGAGAGGGACCCAACUAUAGAUUACAACUUUAACGCGGCUAUCCUUUACACGAUGGCAACAUGCCACUCCCUGAAACUUGUUGAUGGCGAACUCAUUGGGGAUCCUCUUGAUGUGAAAAUGUUUGAAUUUACGGGCUGGUCCUACGAAGAAGGAAAUCAUAAUACUUCGGAUGCUGAUGAAGAGUCUGAGAGUUUCAUUCCCUCUGUCGCAUGGGCACCUCCAACUUUAACCCCUGGCGACCCUGAACAAGGAACUCGUCUUUCCACGGAAUUGGCUGUCAUGAGGACUUUCGAAUUCGUCUCACAACUCCGCCGGUCCAGUGUGCUGGUGCGGGAGCCUGGUGACCAAGAUGUAACUGUGUUUGUGAAAGGAGCACCUGAGUCGCUGAAAGAUAUAUGUGUGCCCAAGACCUUGCCGCCUGAUUUCAAUGAACUUUUAAACUUCUAUACACAUCGUGGAUAUCGAGUUAUUGCCUGUGCAAUGAAGCAUAUUGAUAAUCUUAACCAAAAUGGCGUCUUGAAGAUCAGUCGAUCGCAGGCCGAGUCUGACUUAACAUUCGUUGGGUUCAUUGUGUUUGAAAACAAAUUAAAACCAAGCACUACAGGCGUUAUCAAUGAAUUGCAUAAUGCUGGAAUUCGAAACAUUAUGUGUACCGGCGACAACAUCCUUACUGCAAUAAGUGUGGCUCGCGAAUCCGGAUUUAUAGGUGAUACUGCUCAGUGCUUUGUUCCCUAUUUUGUUGAAGGAAAUCCUUACAAUCCAAGAUCUCGCCUGCGCUGGGAAAGCACAGAUAAUCCGGACUACCUGCUUGACGAACAUACACUUGCACCUCUUCCGAUCUCUACGGUGCCUGACACGUCAAUUCCAUACCAUAAUUAUAACAAGUUCAAGUACUCUAUCGCGGUCACCGGAGACGUGUUCCGGUGGGUGGUGGACUAUGGUUCUGAAGAGGUUUUACAAAAGCUGUCGAAUAGACGGGCUGAUCUUGUCCAGAUGCUUGUUCAUGGGCAAGUUUUUGCACGAAUGUCUCCAGACGAGAAGCAUGAGCUUGUUGAAAAGCUACAGUCGCUCGAUUAUGUUUGCGGAUUUUGCGGAGAUGGAGCCAACGAUUGCGGUGCUUUAAAAGCGGCUGAUGUUGGUAUUUCACUAUCAGAAGCAGAAGCGUCCGUAGCGGCCCCUUUCACCAGUAGGAUAUUUGAUAUAUCCUGUGUUCCAAAGCUUAUCAGGGAGGGUAGAGCGGCACUCGUAACGAGUUUUUCCUGCUUCAAGUAUAUGAGUCUUUAUUCUGCCAUUCAGUUUACCUCCGUCAGCUUUCUAUAUGCAUCUGCAUCCAAUUUGGGCGACUUCCAGUUCCUUUAUAUCGACCUCGCUCUUAUCCUACCUAUUGCAAUUUUCAUGGGAUGGAUUGGGCCUUAUUCGAAGCUAUGUCGAAAACGGCCCACAGCUAAUCUCGUAUCCCGGAAAGUCUUGACACCCCUUUUGGGUCAAAUAGUUAUUUGCAUAUUCAUCCAGCUUGCCGCUUUCGAAACAGUUCAGGAGCAAGAAUGGUAUAAGCCCCCCAAGCUUAAUCCGAACGACACAAGCAUAGAAAAUUCGCAGAACACUGCGUUGUUCCUUGUUUCCUGUUACCAGUACAUAUUAUCAGGUCUGGUAUUGAGUGUUGGGCCACCGUUUCGACAGCCGAUGACAUCAAAUGUUCCAUUCGUCGUCACCAUAAUUGUGGCUCUUCUUGUAUCUUCCUACAUGCUUUUCCAACCUGCGGAUUGGCUCUUCCGCCUGAUGCAGCUCACUUAUUUGUCGACACCAUUUAAGGGAUGGCUAGUGGCGCUUGCCGUCGGAGGAUUUGCUGUCGCCUACGUUUCAGAAAGACAUCUCUUUCCGGAAUUGUCCCGGCUUCUUGGUCAUGUAUACAGAGUUUGCCGCCCUGGCAAGAGAAAACAACGGCGACGAUAUAAGGUCCUUCUUGAGCGCGAGUAGCUCGGUGGACUUGAUUUUGAACUUGUGACCCUAUAUAAUCUUAUCCUGUAUUUUGGCUUUUGCUUCCAUUUCGAUAUAUUCGAUCCACGUGUAUCCGACAUUGGGUAGAGAAAAGAGCAGUCUUUUAUAUACCUUUUUAUUGUUAAGGGUGAAUCCCCUAGCGGGCCUCGAUUUAAUGGGAAUUUUGUGAUGACAAAU